UGGAAAAAGGUGGGGGUGGCCCUUGGGGAAUGAUUUUUUUAAGGUUUUUUAUGGAAAUUGAAAAAUCACCAUGGUGAUUUAUUUAUUUAAAAAAAUAAAUUAAACAAAUUAAGUUUCACCACUUUGCUACAUCCGUUUCUAGGUAAAAUAAUUUUUAGAGAGUCAAAUUUAACCUAGAUUUUAAUAUAAAACUGAAUUAGUAAAAAUGUUAAAAACGUGCGAUUGCUGUAAAAAUAGCAGUAAUUUAAAGAGCGAUUUGGACAUUUGGUGCGACAAUGAGCAGGAGGAGGUCAUGCAACCAAUCUGUCACCAGGCGAUUAAUCCGAAUUUCCAUCAAAACUCCAUGGCAACCGGGAGCGGAGGAAGUUCAUCGACAUUUCUGCCCAUGGAAUUUAUCCAAAUUUUAAUCCAUCAACAUGCCAAAACGUUGAUUGCUUUGAAGACGCUCCGCUCGGAAGUCCGCACAUUAAAAAAGCCACACCCCCCACCCCCACACCCACAAUUAUUCCACCCCUUCCCCCACUCUUCCUCCUCCCACCCCCUAAAACCACACCCACAUUUAUCCCACCCCCACCCUCCCCUCGAUUCCGGUCUCUUUUCUACAAAAUCCUCCUCAAAGUCCUCCUCCACCCAUGGCGACGAAUUGUACUCGUUGCUAAGUCAGAUCCAGGACAGGAUCACGUGUCUGAAAACCCCGCCCACCCGUCGCCAGCCACUCCCACUCGGUUACCUUGACAACGUCGUGGGCAAUGGGAAUUUCGAUUUUUCCAAGUUUCAAAAGGUGGACAGGGCCGUGGUUAAGGCCAUUUUGAACUGUGAUGAUUUGGGGGAGCUGAAGAGGCAGUUGCUCUUUUGUCAUGCGAAGGUGGAGUCAAUGGAACCACCCCCACCACCCCACCCACAAAAAACCACACCCCCACCACCUCACCCCGCCCCACCCCCACCCCCAAUAAAAAGUCUGACCUCCUUAUCAUCAACGCAAAAAUCUUUAAUUCCAGUUCCUAUAGCGAGAAUUAAGAAAAAAUCACAAAUCACAAAUAACCACGCCCCCUCCUCAACAACAACAAAUUCGACACGGUUUCUAUGGGGACAGUGGUUUAAUUAGUUGCUAUAGUUUUUAUUUUGAUAUAUUUUUUCUUGCGCCAAUAACGUUUUUUAAAAUAAUAAAAUAAAAAAAAGCACACGGUUGCUAUGGAAACGAUAAAA